GUUUACCAACAGGUGAAAGUGAAUUCGAGGAAACAGAGUCUUCAACACAUAGCUCAGAAGUGGACACAGAUGGUGAACUGCGCACCACUGAUGAGAACAAUGAAAGGUCAAGAACGUCAUUCAGCGAAAGUAGCGUUCAUUCGUCGGACACUUCGUAUGAUUUCUCGUCGUUCAAACCGAUCAGUGAGCUAUCCGAGCAUUCUGCGGUACUGAUGCGAGAUGACGAUGUGGAAUGGCUGGAUGCGGUUCAGCGAUAUUUAAGCAAAGAACCAGUCUUUCAACGCAAACCAAUUGUACUGUUCACACUAAAUCAUGAAAGCUUUUACUUUCUUCGGAAGUCAAAAGAUGAAAAUCUCCCAAUAAAUUUUGGUUUACUUCAGAAACCCGCACUGAAAAUCUAUCGCCGUUUCAAACCUCAGCUAAGUUGGCAUCGUUGCUACCAUCAAUGGGCCAUUAGGCAACCACCACAGCCAUAUCGAGGUUCACCUAAUUUCCAAACUAUCACACCGAUACGAAAAGAUGUAUUCAAUCCUUUUCUUCAAACUGAAAUCAGUCGCAAACGAAGCGGUGACGUAGUGAAUAUCGGCGAAGAUGCUGAAGAAUUCGAUUAUGAACGUGGAAUAUUUCCAAUUGACAGUACAAAUUGUUAG